ACCUAAUCGACCAUACCCACAACUACGAAAUUAAAACCGUAGCGAGCAUGCCCAAUAUAAAGCUCUACGGAAUAGGAGGGACGCUAAAGAUCCAUAGCUUGUUCGAUAGUGGCACAUUUAAUUAUAACUCAAUCAAUGGCAAAGUUAGCGAGCUCUGGAUCACACUAUUACAAAUCGCCGAACUAUAUCUCAAUGUCACCACUAGCCAGAAUACAGAGACAUUGCCCAACAAACAAACAAUCAACAUUUUCGUCACCCAUGCCCCGGUAAUCAAAACGCCCUUACUUGAACACUUGGCAAUUAUAACCAAUGCUGAUUUUACAAUCAGCCAGGGUUUGCAUUUCCGAUACCCUGUCAUGGGCAACGGCAUGAGUUUUGUCGAUAGUAUGGGGGGAUCUUCCGGGUACAUUGAAAACUACCGAUCCAAGUUCUCACGACUUCGGAUGAUUCUAGGGGAAUUGUGGCUUAUUAUAAAGAACGACAUCGAGGAGCUACUCCAAGAAUCAAAUUCGAGUAACUUGAAGAACUUGCUAGAACUUGGAUUGAGCCUAUUUGACAAGAUCCUGGUUCCAGCAAGCGAUCCACUGGAUAAGAUUGUGCCAUUGAGCUUGUACCCUGACCAAGACGCAGAAGUCAACAAAAAAGUCAUCAAGAAGUUGAAUGAUUAUUAUUUCCAGGCGUACUACAACCUCUGGCAUUUCAACCUAUGUGAUUUCACAAACAAGAAUGACGAACGGAAUUACAUGAUUUUUAAACUUGACGACAAGGGCAAUUUCAAAUUGGAUCAAUGUAGUUCGCAAGGGUUCAAUUUCAACUUUAAAGUGCGUGAUGAGGAAGAGGCCGCCGACACAACCCUCAUCAGCAGCCAAUCUGACGAUAAAGCCGAGGACGACAUCAAUGCUCUUGCCUACGGUAGAAGUUCACGAGGGUCUACUCGUGCGAGAGGUGGCUGGAACCCUCGAAGGGGCAAUCCUUCAUUUAGACCAAGAGGAUCUUUCCGUGGACGAGCGCGAGGAGGAGGAGGAGGAGGAGGAGGAUCCCGGCCAUCUACCCGAUAAGUACAGUAAACCUUCUUUUAUUAUAGAAUACAUAAAUACACAACUAAACUUCAAACUUCUCUCCAAAUGCAAACAUGCAGAAUUAACAUUAUCUAAUGGUGUUCAUGAGGCAAUUUCCAGCCAAACAUAACUGGUCCAUCUUCUUUAACACGGUACAAGAUCCAAAACCACAUGGCGGCACCCAGCAAUUUAGCAGUCCAGCGGAUGGCUGGAGAAACGUGUGGUGCGGCGGCACCUGCGUGUCUCACGUAUUUAACAAAGUGUCCAGCAGCCAUUGUGUGUGUGUUGUUUAUAGCUGUUGU